AUGAUCCCCCAUUUCCCACCCAGCUGGAGUUUUGGCAGGGGCGUGGACGGCCAGAACAGCACAGAGGUCUCCUUCGUCCUGCUCGGGCUCUCCCAGUACCCACGGGCUCAGACCGCCUUCUUCUGCCUGCUCCUCCUGUCCUACACCAUCACCCUUUUGGGGAACGGCCUCAUCCUGCUCCUGAUCUGCUCCGAUCGCCGGCUCCACACGCCCAUGUACUUCUUCCUCAGCAACCUGUCCUUCCUGGACAUGGUCGUGGGACUCUGUCUGGGUGUCGUGGAGUGUCUCCUGCUGGCUGCCAUGGCCUACGAUCGCUGUGUGGCCAUCGUGGACCCCCUGCGCUACCCUGUGCGCAUGGGGUCCCGGCUGUGCAGCCUGUUGGCCGGGACCUCGCGGACGGCGGCAUUCCUGCUGACUGUGGUCCCCGUGAUGACCAUGCCCUUGGAGUUCUGUGGCCGCCAGUUCAUCAAUCACUUCUCGUGCGAGUUCCUGGCCCUGCUCAAGCUGGCCUGCUCUGACCCGCAGUUCUAUGAGUCACUCAUGGUGGGCACCAGUGCUCUGACCCUGCUGGCUCUCUUUGCCUUCAUUGUGGCCUCCUAUGGAAGGAUCCUGGUGGCCGUGCUGCGGAUGCGGUCCACGGAGGGCCACGGCAAGGUCUUUUCCACAUGUGGGUCUCACCUCACGGUGGUGGUGCUGUUCUAUGGCUCAGCCAUUGCCAUGUACGUGAUGCCUCAGGACAAGAUCAUCCGCGACCGAGACAAGAUCAUCUCCAUAUCGUACGGCGUCCUCACCCCCAUGAUGAACCCCCUCAUCUACAGCCUGCGGAACAAGGACGUGAAAGGCGCCCUCAGGAGGCUCCUGCGGAGAAAGGCUGACGUCUAA